GCCAACCGUAAUUUUCACAUUGGAUUUCACACUGUUAUCAUAACCAAUUGGCAUUACAGUACAUAUUAAAUAUGAACAGAAGGGAUUCAUAUGCAAUCCGAUGAGUGUUGGUUGGUUGGUGGUCCACAAAGUGGGAGGAGUUGACACAGAGAUGUACAGGACAGUGCUACGUACCCUCAGCACCCAACACAUAUUGCUUCCGCAGCUGUUGUGGCACCCACACACACACUUGCACACACUUAAGUGUGCUCCUUGUGCAGUAACUGCAUGUCCAUUCAGGCUGCUGCUUUCUGCUCGACCACCGUCUACUCCGGUUGCCUCUCCAGUCUGCACACACGCACACAAACACACGCACACAACACACACAAAGUGGAAUGUUGUCACCGUCUUGCUGGGAAAAGUGGCAUUCAGAAGAAGAGUGAAGAAGACUGUGCUCAUUUACCAUGAGCUGUUUGGAUUUUAUGUACCCAGCCUAUGGACAUUACACCACAUAUGCAGCCAACGCUCCUGCUUUCAUCAACACGCUACAGACUCCUGCUGGUGUGAGCAGCACCUCACCUCCGUGCCGGGAUUUUAUGGACACUCCCAGGGGUCCUGAGGGAAUGUCCGCCGUCCAGAGCACCGUCGGCAGAUCGACGACCUCGUCCUCUUCGUCCGCAUCGUCGUCUUCUUCUUCCUCUUCCUCCUCGUCUUCCUCCUAUACGCCGGCAGCCCCGCGGCCCGACGAGGGGCCAAAGGACAAGCAGGAGGGCCCCGAGGCCGAGUACCUGAGCUCGCGCUGCGUGCUCUUCACCUACUACCAGGGGGACAUCAGCAGCGUGGUGGACGAGCACUUCUCCCGGGCCCUCAGCUCCUACAUGGACGGGGAGGGCAAGCGGCGGGCUUCAGAGCAACAGGUCGCCGGUACGCCAGACACGCCUUCACCGAGCAGCCGACGAAGCUUCCCUCCAUCCUUCUGGGACAGUAACUACUCGUCGCCUCAAAGCCGCGCACACUGCGAGACGGCGGCUCCUUCCUAUUCCAUGGACCCCUACGCCUCAGGGCUACACCCGGGUCUGCCGCACCCGCAUGCGCACCCUCAUCCGCACGCUCACCCUCACGCUCACCCUCACCCUCACUCCCACCCACACCCGCACCCGGCGGAGAGCUGGGGAUACACCCAGGCUCAGGCCUACGGGCCCCCGAGGCCUCUACAUGAACUGUACUCACCCUCCGCACUGGAGCCCCACUACGGGCCCCUGCUCAUGCCCACCGUGCGGCCGGCCCACCUGCCCACCUUGCCGAGCCACUACGAAGUAAGCAAGCUGGAGCCCACGGCCUCCUGGCCCGGCCUGCUUCCCCCGGGGGACGUCAGCCAGACACUGGCCCUCAACAUGGAUGCGGGCCUGCAGCAGCACAAGAAAGGCAAGGAGCUCUACUGGUUCUAAUUAGGCCCACAGUCACACUGACCACAGCCAAUUAGUCCCUGGACCUUUUCUGUUAUUGAACAACCGUUUUAUCCCAUGCAUUAAAACACACACACAAACACACACACACACACACACACACGCAUAUGAACGCAUGCACACACACUCUCCUGGCCUCCCCUUACAGGAUGCAGCCUGGCUCCAGGUGGAUACGAAUGCACCAUGGAGAUAACACAUAAUCUGGCCCGCCUUCGCCAUGUCCUUCUCCCGGGGCAGACCCUGGCAUGGGGGGUACGCCAUGUUGGACCCAGAAAAACAGACUUGAGCUGAUCGAGGGAUGGACCUGGGGGGGAGGAGUCGUUCCAAUGUGCCUGGUUAUCUCCAUUUCAUGCCUUUUGUUUGUCACUGUACCCAUCCAAAAAGUCAUACGAGAAGAUGGAAAUUUUUACUUUGUGACUGACGGGAUGGUGAUUCUAUUUAUUGGUUUUUUGUUGUUGUUGUUGCAUUGUUUGCUUUAUAGGCCAGUGCUUCUGCAAUGAUUGCGGUUGGGUUUCUUGUGUUUUUCCAAAGAGAUGUGACAGAAGUGACCACACACAGUGUCGUUGUUGUUUUUGUGGCCUUUGCGAUCCACUUGAGGGAAAAAUCAUGACAACAGUUUUCAUCCAUCCAUUUUCAACACGGCCCAUCCUGGUUAGGGCCACGGGGCGCUGGAGCCUAUCCCAGCCGACUUCGGGCGAAAGGCGGACUACACCCUGAACUGGUCGCCAGUCAGUCACAGGGCACAUAUAGACAUGGACAACCAUUCGCACUCCCAUUCACACGGUCACUGAGUGGGAACUGAACCCACCCUGCCCGCACCAAAGUCAGGCGAGUGUACCACUACACCAUCAGUGACUGACAACAGUUUUUUUGGGGUAAAUUUUGUUCCUUGAAUUUGUCACUUUUGAUUCUCCAUAUUUUUAAUCAGGACCCUCUCUUGUGUGUGUUGUUUCUUUCUCAAUUUAUUUUGUGUUCAAAAAGAUUGUGAUGUCAAUAAAUAUUUUUAAGGUAAAGCGG